UGCAGAUGACAUCUGUCGCAUCUGCAGACUUUUAUUGUACCUGGAGCUACUUGGUGCAAACUUUUCCCGCUGUUGUGCUCAUCAUCUGCUCCUGUUCUGAAGUGACUCAGAAGACAUGACAAAGUUACUGCUAGUAUUGGCACUCUGGCUGCUAGCUGGAGAGCUACAGCACAGCUCUGAGGCACGUGCCCCAAGCUAUGGGGUGAAACUGUGUGGCAGAGAAUUCAUCCGUGCUGUAAUAUUUACCUGCGGAGGAUCCAGAUGGAGACGAGCAAGCAGCAGUUUGACAGAUGGUUUAGCUGACUUCGUUAGCAGCACUGAUCGAGAACCAGAUGAAGAGUCAGCUGAGAAGUGGAACACUAACCUGGUCCCCGGCCUUUCCUUCAAAGACUACCCAGACUACGAACUACACAGCUGGAACGACUACAUGACAGAGCUGAUGGGGAUGAGCAGACAGAGCCGCCCCAGCCGCACCAUAUCGGAUGAUGUACUUGGAUCUCUUAGGAAGCAGGACAGGACAGGGCGGGAGGCUGUCAUUGGCCUUUCCAAUGCUUGCUGUAGGGUAGGCUGUAGCAAGAGUGAAAUUAGCUCCCUCUGCUAGAUUUUGAAAUCCGUGCCUCGUUUUUCUGAUAUACUGUGUGGUUUUAGAAAUGCUACAGAUAUUUACUCUGCACCUUUGCACAGGGCAGAUGUUACCUCAAUGAAUGACAGACUGCACUGUAUUAGAUUCAUUAUCAUAUACUGGAAAUCAUUUGGUUAACCUAUAGAAUCUUCAUCUACAUUCUACAUCAAAGAACUUCUCAUCAAAGCUGGUUUUACCUGAAAUGCAACAUGUACAGCACUUUGUCUGCUUUCAUGCUUAUCUUAGAUAGGACCACACUUUAAGGAGAUGAGGUGGCAAGUGCCCCCCCAACUAAACAACUAAGCACAACGUUUCAAGCAAUGUCUCAUAUUAUGUGAAAAACUGUAUGCGUCACACUGCUUUCAUUUGCAAGGCUUAUACUGCAGUUUAACAUCUCGUAUCCAUUUGUUUCUCUUUUCUUUGACAUUUGCUGUAAUCUGUAAAAACUUGUAGCAUCAAAAAAGGAAGUAAAACAUUCUUGGCAUGA